CACCCAUGCGACGAAUAUGUACAAUAAUGUUGCCAAGUAGUAAGUUUGUAAUGGAUCUGCAAAAUAAAGCGUGUAAAUAAAUGGCUGAUUACUGGAAAUCCCAACCAAAGAAAUUCUGCCAGUACUGCAAGUGCUGGAUAGCAGACAACAAACCUAGUAUAGAAUUUCAUGAGAGGGGAAAGAACCACAAACAAAAUGUUGCUGCCAAAAUCGAAGAGAUUAAAAAGAACAGUAUUGCCAAGGCCAAAAAAGAAGAAAAAAUGUCCAAGGAGUUUGCAGCUAUGGAAGAGGCUGCCAUAAAAGCAUAUGAAGAAGACAUGAAAAGACUGCAAACAGAAUCAGGUGCCUCAGAGUCUUCUGUUAUUCCCCAAACAAAAACUCAAAAAGUUAAGGUUAAGGCUACCAUUCAACAUGUCAGCAAGACUGUAUCAAAUGCCUGGAUAAGGGGGGCUACUGAAAAUGGACAUACUUACUACUACAACACAAUAACUGGAGAAUCUCAGUGGAAGACACCAGAUGGAUUUCAAGGUGAAAAUGUGUCCUCAACUACAGACCAAACUGGGGCUUCAUCAAGCAGUGCAUGGAUGAAUGCUGUUAGUCCAGAAGGAUAUGUUUACUACUAUAACUCAAAUACUGGAGAGUCUACUUGGGAAAAGCCAGAAGACUUUUCUCCUAAAGAAGAAAGCCAGUCUGAAGAGAAUGUGGAACAAGAAGUUCAUUCUACACCUAAGUCAGAGGCCACCUCUGAGGGAGAGGACACAAAUAAUGACCCUACAGAGGCUGCUGACACACAGGAGCCCAAACAGGUCCAACCUCCCAAAAUCAGCUUUAGGAAGAGAAAGGGGGAGGCAACAGCAGUAAUGGAAAAGGAGGAUGAGACAAAGGAAGAGAAGUCAGCUAAAGAAAAAAAUAAUAAAUUAAAUACAGAAUCAUCAGUACCUGCAGAAGAGAUAGAAACCCCUGCAAAGAAACCCAGAAUUGUGAACCCAUAUGGAGAGUGGGAACAGAUUAAGGAGGAGGAUCCAUAUGAGGACGUGGAUUUGCAGCUGCCACAGUCCCAAAGUGAGAGUUGUGCAGCUUCUUCCUCCAAUCUGCCCCUAGAGCCCAAAACUACGUUCAAGGAACGAACCAUCACCUCUCUAGAAGAAAGCAGUGUGGGAGCCAUGUUUAAAAAGAGAAAGGCAGAGAAUGGAAAAUCCAGGAGUCUUCGGCAAAGAGGAAAAAAUGAAUAACAUUUAAUGUUCUAGUAUUUGUUUCUGCAAUUAUUUGAAUAAACAAAUGACCAGAUUGCUUCCAUUUUAAUCAGGUAAAAUAUAAAUUCUCAAGUUAAAUAGUUGAAUUACAACCCCAAAUCAGGAAUAGCUUGGGACAGUAUAGAAAAUGCAAAUAAAAAAAUGUAGUGUUUCUUA